AUGGAAACGGGAAACUGGAGCGAGGAAGGCGCAGCGGGCGGUAGCUCCUCCGCCUUCAGCUGGCUGGACGAGCUGGCCGAAGAGGCCUGGCUUAACAAGGAGGCAGAAGAAGACGUGGGGGUCCGCGGUGACGGUUUGGUCAGCGAAAGCUGGCCUUUCCCUGCCGUGGAGGCUGCGAGGCCACUCCCGCGUCUGCCCUCCACGGCGUUCGCGGGCCAACGGAGCCGGCGGUGGCAGCCUCGCUUCCAGCCGACACUCUCUGUGGUCCGGGACCUGUCACCGGCCCCACCCCCGCCGACUCCAAGCUGCGCUCCGCCCUCGCCUCCGACGACGUCUGUCGUCGGCCAGGCAGAGGAAAGCUUGGACCGGUUGGGCCCGGUUGACAAGGGCAAAGGUAAGGCAGUGGACGAGGAGCAGCCGGCUGGGAGACCCACCUUCCAGCAGACGGUGGCCACAGCACCCACAUCUUCUCCCUCCCAGGCACCGCCAAUUCCACGGCUGCCCUCACCAUUGCCUUCCUUUGUGCGCCGUAUGUUGGAGACUUCUGCCCCCCCUCGCUUGGCCGACCGCCCGCUGCAUCCCGAUCUCCUCAGAGAGAGGCUCCCGCCGUUCGUCCACUCUCCUUCGCCAACCAAGAGAGCCUCAACCACACCAAUGGCGCCGACAGAGAGGCCAGUCACACCUCUGCAAGUCGCUCAGCCAGAGCUCAAGAGUCGCUGGAGCCCCUCGCCUCCUCCCUCACCGACCAAGGUUCAAAAGCUCAUGAAGGCAAUGAGCUUCGCAAGUUUGAGAUCCCAAAAGUCGAAAACCAGUCUUCGCGAGCAGUCGAGUUCCUCCGCUGUUCCUCCGGUUCCUGAUCUCCCUCCGACAACUCCUGACACUACAAAACGCAAAUCCGAUCGAUCAAGUGCAAGCACAAAGAAGAGCUUUGGUUCUUUCGGCAAAAGCUCUUUGGGCAGAGGUAGCUCGUCCUCCCAAAAGUCCAAUUGGGUGGCAGCAGCAUUCGGCUGUGAUUCCUCCUCCAUCACACGUCCAAGAACUGCUUCUGGAAGGACCGAGAGAAGCUCGACAACAGAGAGAAGCUCCGGCAGCAGUUUGAUGAGCUCGGCGUUGAGCAGACAAGCAAGCACGAUCACCCCAGAGAGACCACAGGCUGGACUGUCGUCUUUGCCUCUUCUUCCAGCAGCUUCUACUUUCCACCCCGAACCCCCCUCCGCUACUCACAUAGUUCCGCCAAUGCCACCUGUGCCUCAGUCUCCCCCCCACCCUUCAGAUCUGCACAGAAAGAUCUCCAUGCCGAGCAUGUUCCUGCGGAAAAAGAAGUCGAGCUUGAACAAGAAAGAGGACCCUCAAGAGAAUAAGGGUGAAGACGAGGAGGGCAAAUGA